AUGAGUAAGACUGAUGUCAAUGAUUCGGCAACGCUGAAGAAAGAUCUCAAUGAAUAUGAACAACAUUACUUCAGUUCUUAUGAUCACCAUGGUAUUCAUGAAGAAAUGCUUCAAGAUUCGGUGAGAACGCUUUCGUACCGUAAUGCGAUUGUUCAAAACAAAGAUUUGUUUAAGGACAAGAUUGUGCUAGACGUUGGUUGCGGUACAGGUAUUCUCUCGAUGUUUGCAGCGAAAAAUGGUGCCAAACACGUUAUUGGCGUUGAUAUGUCAAGCAUCAUCGAAAUGGCUCGCGAAAUCGUCGAUCUCAAUGGAUUCUCUGAUAAGAUCACUCUUCUGCGUGGUAAAUUGGAAGACGUGGAACUACCAUACCCAAAAGUUGACAUUAUUAUAUCUGAAUGGAUGGGUUACUUUCUGUUGUAUGAGUCUAUGAUGGACACCGUUCUAUUAGCCCGUGAUCGUUAUCUCGUUGAAGGAGGUUUGAUUCUUCCAGACAAAUGCUCAAUCCACAUAGCUGGUAUUGAGGACGCCCAGUACAAGGACGAGAAACUCAAUUACUGGCAAGAUGUUUACGGCUUCGAUUACUCGCCAUUCAUCCCGCUAGUGAAAAGGGAGCCUCUCGUAGAUACUGUUAACCAUAGUGCCGUUAACACCACGAGAGCCAAAUUGGUGGAGUUUGACUUGAACACCAUUACCGUCGCUGACUUGGCUUUCAAGUCAAAAUUCAAGCUUGAAGCAAAAAAUCAAGAUUUCAUCAACGGACUCAUCAGCUGGUUCGACAUUGAAUUCCCUGCGCCAAAAGGUAAGAAACCUGUAACGUUCUCAACAGGUGCUCAUGCUCCUUAUACGCAUUGGAAACAAACCGUUUUCUAUCUUGAAGAUGACCUUGAAAGUGAGAAGGGUGAUGUUUUGGAAGGAGAAUUAUCCUGCACACCAAACAAGACCAACAACAGAGAUCUGGACGUGAAGAUCGCGUACGACUUCAAAGCUAAAGGUACGGAAUCUGCUCAGAGAUCCAAGAAAAACACAAACUCGUAUGUGAUGCAUUGA